UGCCAAAAUUCACGUUUAAACGUCAAAUUUUGGCGUUUUAAAUGUCAAGUCUUGUGUUUUUGAUCGAUUUCGCGAUUUUCCGACAUGUCUGUGGCCACGGGGGGACUUCGUCGCGAGCGUCGCAGUCCCCCGGAUUCUGCUGCACGCUCCUUCUCCACCGCCCCUUGCAUGGGCGAGCAUCAAUGCUUUAUUGGCUAUUUGAGAUGAUGUUUCCAAUAAUAAGACCUAUCAGAGCAUCACGGGAGACCUUUGCGAGUCCUCGUACUUAGAAGUCGCUGUCCACGCUGCCUAGAUAUUCAUGAAGCUCAUCUCCUCUUUCAUAUUGCUUGUGUUGUUUCUCACAUACCCUUUUCGUGAUUGUCGUGGCUAGGACAAUUUUAUGGCUCUAGAUGAUUCUCGUCAACUUCUG